AUGAGCCUCGUGACGCGCGCAUUCGCUCCCCUCCGCUCGUCGGCCCGCGUGGCUGUGCGCAGCUUCGCCUCCACGGGCGGCAUCCCCGACGACCUCGAGCACGCCGUGGGUCGUGAACGCCAGGAGCUGGAGGCCGCCGAGAUCGGCGUGACCCAGUUCAACCGCGACCCUCUUGAGUCGGACGAGAACCAGGGCAACACCAAGGACGACCCGAUCCUCGUGCCUUCCUUCAACGACGUGCGCACCGUGGGUGUCUCGCACAACGACGCGUCGUACCUGUACUGGUUCAACAUGGAGAAGGGCAAGGUGCACUACCUGCCGGAGAUCGAGAAGUACUUUAUGCUGUACAACCCAGAGGAGCUCGCCAAGCUUGUCAAGGAAGUGGAGGCCAAGCAGCAGUAA